AUGAGCCUCUCCCGGCCGGAGCUGCUCCUCGGCCCGGCGGCUGCGGCGAGGGGGGUGCCCCGGGACGGGCGGGCCGUCAUGCCGGGCAACGGCAGCGGGGAGCUGGGCAACGCCACAGCGUCGGGAGCGGCGCCCGGCUACAACUUCGCCGCCUUGAUCUUCGGCGUCUCGCUCAUCCUCUGCGUCCUGGGCGGGAACCUGCUGGUCUGCCUGAGCGUCUGCUCCGAGCGCGCCCUCAAGACCACCACCAACUACUUCAUCGUCAGCCUGGCCGUGGCCGACCUGCUGCUGGCCCUGCUCGUCCUGCCCCUCUACGUCUACUCCGAGUUCCAGGGAGGAGUGUGGGCCUUGAGCACAGGUCUGUGUGACGCUCUGAUGACCAUGGAUGUGAUGUUGUGCACGGCCUCUAUCUUCAACCUCUGUGCUAUCAGUGUGGAUCGGUUCAUCGCCGUUUCCAUCCCGCUGAACUACAACCGGCAGCAGAUCGACCUGCGGCAGCUGAUCCUCAUCUCCACCACUUGGAUCUUUGCUUUCGCCGUGGCAUCCCCGGUCAUCUUCGGCCUCAACAACGUCCCAGACAGGGACCCCACCUUGUGUCAGCUGGAGGACAACAACUACAUUGUCUACUCCUCCAUCUGCUCCUUCUUCAUCCCCUGUCCAGUCAUGCUGGUCCUCUACUGUGCCAUGUUCCAGGGACUCAAGCGGUGGGAGGAGGCCAGGAAGGCAAAGCUGAAGAGCAGCUUGUAUGCGGGCGGCAGGAAGCUGUGCUGCCCACCUCCCCUCAUGGAGAGGAAGCAGGCCGAGAUCAAGCUGCAGGAGCGCAGUCUGUAUGACCGCUCCGAGUGCUCUUUCCCCAGGGGGUACGUGAUGAACAGUGGCAUCCAGACUGUCUCCUACCCUCACCUCAAGUACUCCCACCCAGGACACAAACAGAAACAGGCCAAGAUCAAUGGCCGUGAGAGGAAGGCUAUGAAGGUGCUGCCGGUUGUGGUCGGCGCUUUCCUCUUCUGCUGGACACCCUUCUUUGUAGUACACAUAACAAGAGCCCUGUGCAAAUCCUGCACCAUCCCCAGUCAGGUCAUCAGCAUUGUCACCUGGCUGGGCUACGUCAACAGUGCCCUUAACCCCAUCAUCUACACCAUCUUCAACACAGAGUUCAGGAAAUUCUUCCGCAAAGCUUUGCACGUCUUCUGCUAA